AUGACCACAGUCACUCCUCUGCGGGCCACCACCUUCUUCUCACUGAACAUGACCACCCGGGGAGAGGACUUCCUCUAUAAGAGUUCUGGAGCCAUCAUCGCUGCCAUCGUGGUGGUUGUGAUCAUCCUCUUCACCGUGGUCCUGAUUCUGCUGAAGAUGUACAACAGGAAAAUGAGAACAAGGCGGGAGCUGGAGCCCAAGGGCCCCAAGCCUACCAGCUCUUCUGCCCCGGACCCCAGCAGCACCAGCAGCCAGAACUCUGCCACGGUCACCUUCAGCCCGGUGGCCGUCCAUGUGGAGACUUGACAACC